AUGUUCUCUGGUUUCAGUCCCAUGCCCGGUAGUGGGUUUGUAAAUAUUCCACAAACAUUUGAAGAAUUGUUUCGUUGCUACCCUAUUUCGAUGAUGGAUAGUAGAAUAAGAAAAGAUGAUGCUAAUUUUGGUGGUAAAAUAUUUUUACCACCAAGUGCAUUAAACAAACUAUCUAUGCUGAAUAUCCGAUACCCUAUGCUUUUCAGAUUAACAUCUAAUGAAAGUGGUAAAAGCACAUAUGGAGGUGUCCUAGAAUUUAUUGCAGAGGAAGGUAGAGCAUAUUUACCCCAAUGGAUGUUAGAAACAUUAAAUACCCAACCAGGUUCUCUUUUGAAAAUUACUUCAACAGAUGUACCUUUAGGUCAAUUCGUAAAAUUAGAGCCCCAAUCUGUGGAUUUUUUGGAUAUAUCAGAUCCAAAGGCUGUGUUAGAAAACGUAUUAAGAAACUUCUCUACAUUAACAGUGGAUGAUAUUAUAGAGAUAAGUUAUAAUAAUAAGACAUAUAAAAUUAAAAUACUGGAGGUCAAACCAGAAUCCGAGUCUAAUAGUAUAUGUGUGAUCGAAACAGAUUUGGUAACAGAUUUUGCACCACCAGUCGGAUAUGUAGAACCCGAUUAUAAAGCACUUCAGAAACAAGAACAAGAGAAGAAGAAAAAUAGAAAAUUUGACCCUUCAAUUGUCGGUCAAGGGUCUAUGUCAAACAGAAUUAAUUACUCCGAUGUCCUAGCAAAUUCUGAAGAAACAUCAAAAUUCACUGGGGAAGGCCAGAAAUUAUCAGGGAGAUCCAUUCAAGGAAAUAACAAAGAGGAUGACCUAAAAGAAAUAAAAAUCUCCUUAGAAGGGAAGCCAAAAAAACUAGACCUACCAGAUUACCAAUUAUUUUUUGGAUUUCCUAUAGUACCACCAAGAACAGAAGAGGAAGAAAAUGAUGUGAAGGAAGAAGCAUACAAAGGUGUUGGCCAAUCACUGAGGAAAAGUACUAAGAGAAAAGGUAAGAAAGAUCAUGCAACAUCUAAAGCUACUAAAGCUCCGAGGAGCCCAGAUGUUAUAGAAAUCGAUUAG